UCUCAGAGAGGGCGGGACAGCGUGAGCGAGUGCGGCCGGAGCCCAAGGUCGGCUCCGCGGGGGGGGGAGGGAAGGGGUGGGUCCUGUGACGUCAGCGAGUCCGAGCUGCCAGAGAGAAGCCUGGGGCCGGGGGCGCCGAGCGGGGAGAGCCCGGCCCCGAGAGCAGAGCCGCGGGAGCAGAGCGGGCGGGAACCGGCCGGGAGCCGGAGCCCCUCAGGCACCUGCUCGACCGCCCAGCCGAUCGGCGCUCACGGAGUGGCCCGCAGGCCCCCGCCCGGGCCCAGUCCCACCCCGGGCCCCCCCAUGGCCCGGGCCGCAGCCCUCUCGCCGUCGAGAUCGUCGCCGACGCUGCCACUCCUGCCGCUGCUGCUGCUGCUGCUGCUCCGGGAAACCGGAGCCCAGGAUGUGCAAGUUCGAGUGCCGCCCGAGGUGCGGGGCAACCUGGGGGGCACCGUGCAGCUACCGUGUCACCUGCUGCCGUCGGGACCGGACGUCAGAGUCUCACAGGUGACGUGGCUGCACGUGGACGCAACCGGCACCAGCAGGAGCGUGGCCGCCUUCCACCCUUCGUACGGGCCCAGCUUCCGCAGCCCAAAGCCCGGCGAGGAGCGGCUGUCCUUCGUCACCGCCGGGCAGAGCAGCGGGACCAGGCAGGGCACGGAGACGGAGCUGCGGGAUGCCACGCUGGCCCUCCGGGGACUGACGGUGGAGGAUGAGGGCAACUAUACCUGCGAAUUUGCCACGUUCCCCAGUGGCACCAGCCGGGGGACGACCAGGCUCCGGGCCAUAGCACAGCCCCAGAACCACGCCGAAACACAGGAGGUCACCCUGAACCUGGAACCUGUGCCCGUCGCCCGCUGUGUCUCCGAGGGGGGCCGGCCACCCGCCCGAAUCUCCUGGUUCUCGCCCCUGGACGGGGAGGCCAGAGAGAGCCAGGUGUCCGGACCUGUGCCCGGCACAGUCACCGUCACCAGCCGCUUCACCUUGGUGCCCCUGAGUCGAGUGGAUGGUGUCAAGGUCACCUGCAAAGUGGAGCAUGAGAGCUUUGAGGAGCCCAUCUUGCUGCCCGUUACCCUCUCCGUGCGCUACCCCCCUGAGGUCUCCAUUUCUGGCUAUGAUGACAACUGGUACCUCGGCCGCAGCGAGGCCACCCUGAACUGUGAUGUCCGCAGCAAACCAGAGCCCACAGGCUACGACUGGAGCACGACCGCAGGCGUCUUCCCAGCUUCCGCAGUAGCCCAGGGCCCCCAGCUGAUCAUCCACUCGGUGGACAAACUCGUCAACACCACGUUCAUCUGCACCGUCACCAACGCCGUGGGCACGGGUCGUGCUGAGCAGGUGGUCCUCGUCCGAGGGAGACCCGAUCGCACUGACGUGCCGGCAGUGGGGAGAGCCCUGCGGACGGCGACAGUUUCCACACGCGGAAACCAUCCCUCACACAGAUGCUAAGGGAGAAACUCAAAGACGUUCUCAGAGGUGCACGCCCUCAGACAGUCCCCCGAAACCCCGUUGCUUUCAACACAUCGUCAUCUGACAAAUAUUUGUCGAGGGCUCCUCUUUGCCAAGCCGCCUCCUUGAUGUCGGGAACACGGUGGCGAACAGAGAGGCCAGUCCCUGCCGUCGAAGGCGCACCCCGGGGAGGGAGGGUCAGCCCCACCUGCCACCCAGCAAGAUGCCCAACUGGAAAUACAUCCCCUGAACCCGUGCCCCAGAUACACACCCUCUUGGGUGCCCGCCCUCAGUCAGUAGGCACCCCCAAGGGGUAGAGCCCCGCAAAGCACAGGUGCAGCCCUGCCUGAGGGUCGUCCAAGGGCUCCACAACCACGAAAAAACGGACACCCCCUAACACUCCUGAGACACACAGAAACGGUCACAGACGCAUGGUGUGGGGUUCCCGUUAGCGCAGCCGCGGGCCCACAGGCUAGACCUCGCCUCAGGGCGACUGGAGAACUUUUGACCCACCGACCUCACGAACACGCCCGCCGAACACGCCCGCCGUCUCCAAAAUACCACCUCCAGGAGCACAGAGAAACAUUCCGGCAUGCGCCAAAGCAGGUUCCCAGACAUUAACUGAUAAGCGUCCGCAGCCAGAAAACUGUUCCACGCCUCUCACCCGUGGGCAGGUACAGACACACAUUCCAGAAAAACCGGUUCACAAAAUACCGCUUGACCUUCACACUGCGGACACACUUUUUCUGGUCUGCUUUUUAUUAUUAUUAUUAUUAUUAUUACUGUUCCUUGCGAGUCACCAAAGUGAGGUGACAGCC